UUGUUGGUUUGCAAGAGAAGAAGCUGCGGCGCAGAUUCAGAGGAGAUAUUUGGGAACAUGCACGGUGCACGCUGACCAGAGGAAAUAUGUUGACACUGCCUUUCGAGGAACCGCAUAUGAUGUGCGAGCCACGGUUUGGUGCCAAAUAUCCCCGUGAAAGCUUACCUGAGAGCCGGGAGCAGGAGCGACAGCACAACCCGGACAGGUCCAACUCAGACAUGAGGGAGGCAGAGGGCGACAUCUCCGACAGAGAGGAAGAUGAGAGAGAGGACGAUCAGGAUGAGGACGGGCUUCCUAAAAAGCGAGGCCCCCGGAAAAAGAAGAUCAGCAAGGAGCAUAUGGACAGGUCUAAACUACGGCGUCAGGAAGCCAACGCCCGUGAACGCAGCCGGAUGCACGGCUUGAACGACGCCCUGGAGAGCCUGCGUAAAGUUGUGCCGUGCUACUCAAAAACUCAAAAACUGUCCAAGAUUGAGACCCUCAGACUGGCUAAAAAUUACAUCUGGGCCCUGUCAGAGACUCUGAGCGCAGGGAAGAGACCGGACCUCCUCACCUUCGUACAGACUUUGUGCAAAGGAUUAUCCCAGCCCACCACCAACUUAGUGGCCGGUUGUUUGCAGCUGAACGCGAGAAAUUUCCUCACAGACCACAACGGGGAGGUCAUGUUCUCUGGCAGAUCGCCAUACGAUGCUAUGUACUCGUACCCAGGCUCAGACAUGAACACGCCCCCCGGCCACAGCGGUGGCAGCUUGGACAGCAGCGCCAAGCCGUUCCGUCACUACAGCUACAGCGGCGCGUACGAGCCGUACUACGAGAACCCAUCCCCAGAGAGCAGGAGCCCGCAUUUCGACGGCCAGCUGAGCCCGCCGAUGAACUUUAAUGGGAUUUUCUCCCUAAAACACGAGGAUCCACCAGACUACGGCAAAAGCAGCCACUAUGGCAUGCGCUACUGCAGUGCGCCAGGACGCGCGGCUCUUGCGCACAACUCCAUGUACAGAGUGUCCCCAGAGGCCCGUUUCCCCUACGAUCUGCACGUCCGCAGCCAGUCCUUCCAAGCACAAGGGGAAGUUAAUGGCUCUUUCCACAAUUAAUCAAUCAGCUGGACAAAGCUCAAGUUUCAGAAGCGAUGCAAUUUCCCCCCGCAGAUGUCGAGAGUGAAACGAAAUGGACUCCAGACAGGCUGAUGCACUGCAAAAAUGCCAAUUUUAAGAAAUAAUUUUGUGUCAUGUAUCCAGUCUUAUUUUUCUUUGAAACACGAUAAAAAAAAAUCUGCACCUUAGAUUUCACUUAUUCGGUGAUUCAUUUGUGUCAAUCUGAGGCAAAGAGAGGAACAGCAAGAAUGUUGUUUGGAAACAAAUUCAAUUAUCUCAGUCUGAAGGCAGAUCUUCUCCUUCGUUGACAGAAAAUUAAGAUUUGAUGGCUUAGUGCCACAUGCUUGUUUCCAGUGGAAAACCACAAAAACUCAAAUGUAGAAUAAUUCGUUAAAGAUAAGAGAUUCUGAGCAAUUUGUAUGUUCUAUCUAAAUUAUCCUGGGUAUAUAUAAUCAUUUGUCAGUGCUACAGAUGUCGGUCAUGCUGUGAGGUGGAUGACGAUGAUAUAAUGCACGUUAUUUUGUUUUGGUGGUUAUAUUAUUAGAAAUCGGUAAAAAUGAGCAAACUAAAUUCAGCCAAAUGAAACAGCGGGGAAGAAAAAUCUAACAAUGUUUCAUCAUCAGGGAAGUUUGCUGAGACAUGAUUGGAGUUCAGAGAUUCAGUCUGUUAGCAAUAAAGGUCAAUUGAGCUAUGCAAGGCAGCCAAAUGCAAUCUUUGCUUAUAAAAAAAAGAAAAGAUAUAUGUUCCUCUCACAAGACGUUUCUCAUAAUCUAAUAUCUACUUAAAAUGAUGGCAAUUAUACAAAAUUCAAUAUGAUCAUAAAGUUUGGAGACGUGCAUGUGUUUAGGAGACCUGAUGAUGAUGUCAUCUGAAUUGGUCAUAUAAAUACAGGAAGUUGUGGGGAAAAAAACAUAAAAAUUUGUAUGUGGAGUAAAUAGUGUGGUAACGAGGUGAAUGUAAAUUGUAUUUAUUUAAGCUUAUUUAUUAUAAGUCCGUCAAUUUGAAUGUUGAUAAUAUAUUAUAAAAAAUAUUGUACAUUUCAGCAGUGUUACCUUUUAUGUGAAUUUCCAUAAAGUUUUUUUUUUUAAAUUUAUUGUUGUAUAUUUCACUACAGUUUUGCUUGAGGUCGAGCACUGGAAGGAAAAUCAUUUUGUGUGAGGUGAACAGUUUCAAAACAAUAUGAAUCCGAACAACAUGCCUUAAAAAAAAGGGAGAUGAUGAACAUCAAUAUGCAACGAAAUGAAAGUUUUUGGAUAGUUUGAUGUGAACCUUUUACACUUCCUUGUUCCUGCUGAGGAGCAACUGUGAUGCACUUCAUGUAUUUCUGCACA